GAUCUUUUAAAAAUGACGGCCGAACAGUUUCGAUCUUCAUCGGCGCUUCGCUUGCGCGCUCUCUCUCUCUCUCCUCAUCGCAGAGGUCGAUUCCUCGGCCUCUACUUCUCCUCGCGAAGGACAAGGCGUUAGGGUUUCGUUUCUGGGAUUGAGAAGGGAGGAGGAAGAUGAGGGAAAUCAUCAGCAUUCAUAUAGGUCAGGCGGGGAUUCAAGUGGGCAACGCUUGCUGGGAGUUGUACUGCCUGGAGCACGGGAUCCAGCCCGAUGGCAUGAUGCCGAGUGAUACGUCGGUGGGUAUCGGCCAUGACGCUUUCAAUACCUUCUUCAGCGAAACAGGUGCUGGUAAGCACGUCCCAAGAGCAUUAUACGUUGAUCUCGAGCCAACUGUCAUCGAUGAGGUGAGGACUGGUGCUUAUCGACAACUCUUCCACCCGGAGCAGCUCAUCUCCGGGAAGGAAGACGCCGCAAACAAUUUUGCUCGUGGACAUUAUACGAUUGGGAAGGAGAUUGUUGAUCUGUGCCUCGAUCGGGUUAGAAAGUUAGCGGACAAUUGCACUGGAUUGCAGGGAUUUCUUGUUUUCAGUGCUGUCGGUGGUGGCACUGGAUCUGGAUUGGGUUCGUUGUUGUUGGAGAGGUUAUCUGUGGAUUAUGGAAAGAAAUCAAAACUCGGCUUUACUAUCUAUUCUUCCCCGCAGGUUUCCACAGCAGUUGUAGAGCCAUAUAACAGUGUGCUAUCCACACACUCCUUACUGGAACACACUGACGUUGCCGUCCUUCUCGACAAUGAGGCCAUCUAUGACAUCUGCCGGCGAUCUCUGGAUAUCGAGAGGCCGACGUACACCAACCUCAACCGUUUGAUUUCUCAGAUCAUUUCAUCCUUGACCACAUCUCUUAGGUUCGACGGAGCCAUUAAUGUCGAUAUUACUGAGUUCCAGACCAACCUCGUUCCCUAUCCAAGAAUCCAUUUCAUGCUCUCCUCGUAUGCACCCGUCAUCUCUGCUGAGAAAGCAUACCAUGAGCAGCUUUCCGUUCCUGAAAUCACGAAUGCAGUUUUUGAACCAUCGAGCAUGAUGGCGAAGUGUGAUCCGAGGCAUGGGAAGUACAUGGCUUGCUGUCUAAUGUAUCGCGGAGAUGUGGUUCCUAAGGAUGUUAAUGCUGCUGUUGCAACAAUCAAAACGAAGAGGACGGUUCAAUUUGUCGAUUGGUGCCCAACUGGUUUCAAGUGUGGAAUCAACUAUCAACCUCCUUCAGUUGUCCCAGGAGGCGACCUCGCCAGGGUGCAGCGUGCCGUGUGCAUGAUUAGUAACAACACCGCCGUCGCCGAGGUGUUCUCUCGCAUCGAUCACAAGUUCGAUCUCAUGUACGCUAAGCGGGCAUUCGUGCAUUGGUACGUCGGGGAAGGAAUGGAAGAAGGCGAGUUCUCGGAGGCAAGGGAGGAUCUCGCUGCCCUCGAGAAAGACUACGAAGAAGUCGGAGCGGAGGGUUUUGAUGAAGACGGAGAGGAAGGGGAGGAAUAAUGAGUUGGUUUGGUAUGGUAUGUGUUCUUCUAGUUGGGCUUGAUCCUAGUUGUUUAACUUGCUUUGCUGCUCUCUGUGCUAUCUGUUUUUUCCAUGUUGUCAGCUUGUUUUUUUGGUUCAUUGUGAGGUUUUUUGUGCAUGAAUUCUUCCAGUUUGGAUUAUUUGAAGUUUUAUUGAUGUUUAAUGUAUUGUUUAGUUUAUUCA